CGCGUCGUCCUCCUCGUCCUCCAGCUGCCCGCGUUCGGCUGGAGUCCCCCGGCCGCCGUCGCCAUGCUGCCCGCCGCGCUGCUCCGCCGUCCGGGCCUGCGUUCGCUCGCACGCCAGGCCCGCGCCUACGCCGAGGCCGCCGCUGCUCCGGCCCCGGCUGCGGGCCCGGGACAGAUGUCCUUCACCUUCGCCUCGCCGACGCAGGUGUUUUUCAACGGGGCCAACGUCCGGCAGGUGGAUGUCCCCACACAGACAGGAGCCUUUGGCAUCCUUGCGGCCCAUGUGCCCACCCUGCAGGUCCUGCGGCCGGGGCUGGUGGUUGUCCAUGCUGAGGACGGCACCACCUCCAAAUACUUUGUGAGCAGCGGCUCAGUCACAGUGAACGCGGAUUCCUCCGUGCAGCUGCUGGCCGAAGAGGCCGUGACGCUGGACAUGCUCGACGUGGGGGCAGCCAAGGUGAACUUGGAGAAGGCACAGUCGGAGCUGUCCGGGGCCACGGACGAGGCCUCCAGGGCUGAGAUCCAGAUCCGCGUCGAGGCCAACGAGGCCCUGGUGAAGGCUCUCGAGUAGGCAGUGCGUGGCCCGGGCCAGCAGGGAAGCCGAGGCCCAGAACUGGGCAGCGGGUGUCCCGGGCAGGCUGAGCUGGCUGGCGGGGUGGGUUGGGCAGGAAGGGCUGCGAGCCGCCCGCAGGGCUUCUCCUGUGGCUGCAGCGCUCUCGCCAGAGAAGGCCGCCAGGGGGCAGCACGGCUCUAGCGUCCCGCCCAGAGCCCACCUCCUGGCCAGGGCGGCCAGGCCUGGUGGUUGGGGUUGAGCCCAGAGACCUGCUCUGCUGUUUGAGGAGGGGCUGUGUCCCCCCCACACCUGCCAGGCUCCUUCCCCCAACCUCAUGUGUCACCCACCAUCCCCCUGAGCCUGUAGCCCCUGCCAUGAAGACCCGCUCCCAGCCGCCUCCGAGGGAUGGCCAGCCCCCAGCUCGAGCCCCCCAUUAAAAGCCAGGGACCCGA